ACGUGAUGGUUUACCAAAUUUAGUUUAUGUGUGUUCAGAAUCAGUGGAAAAAGAAGAAUUUUGUCUUUUUUAAGCCUGUUAAGUCAAAAAUAUUUUAGACAAGAGAUUUAAGGCAAAAAAAUGCAAAAUAUAUAGAUGUCACACACAGAUGAUGACUGAAGAAGUUAGAAAAUCAAUUAAAAUGAGCAGAAGGAAUAGUCUAUUUUUUCAUUUAAUAAUUGUUGCUGAUGUAGUUUUCCACGCUCUUUCUAAUCGUAUAUUUAGACUUGAGUAGUGAUCACGUUUAACGGUCAAAGAGCGCGUUUUAAGUGAAUUUCAUGGUGGUAUCCAUAAUUUUCAAUUUUGUGACUUUUGACAGCACUUUUUUUAAUUAUUCUUUUUUCAUUAGAAAGCUGAGACUUUACUCUUCCGAGUGGUAUAUUUGAAAGAUCCGGCACUACUAGAGAAAUGUCAAAAGUCAUAGAGAAAAAAAGGGUCGGAAUACUUUUAUCGCUCCAAAAGGCGAUUGAGUGCAAAAGAAGACUCAUUACAGACUCAUCUAAGAUCGUUAAAAUUGUUUCAAGUGGACAGAAAUGUAGAGCAGACUUCGCUCUAUAUAACGGUAAAAAAAUAAUUUUCUUAUCUCUUUUAUUUUAAGAGAUAAUGAGCUCUCAACAGAAGCUUCUAACAGUGUCGGAACACUUCUUACACACGCUGUACAUGCUCAAAUACAAGUUAAAUGUCUUUUUCUUUGUAAAAUUAAAGAACCUUGUAAAAACGCCGCUACGAAUCUAUAUAAUAUUUAUGGUAUUCUCACCUCUAAAGCUACUUAUUAAAGAAAAUGUUGAUCCUUUCAGUCUAAAUAUUCCGAAAUUUCUCUCAUGUUUUAACAUAUACUUUCAUAUGUAAAUCCUUAGCUAAAACACAAGAUACGAACACCUCACGAAGGACCAUCGCCAACUGCCCAACUCCGAUUUCAAUGAUCUUUCGCCGAGAGAUACUAUAUAGUGUCCUAGUGAUAAUCUUAAAAGAAUCUGGAUGUAUAGCUCUUCGUUCAAAAGUUAAGAAUUUUUUGGUUUUCUCGACUCGGAGCCUUGCCUAUAUUGUAAAAAAUUGACAACUCUGUAGUAAAUAGCUGAAAUGUUUUCCUGUGGCAUAGUUAGAUGUCUUCUAUCACACCAGAAAACUAUUUUGUGAAAUCUAAAAACCUAAAAUAAAAUAAUAACUGAUCUCAACGUGAAAUACGCUGCAACUGAAACAGGAACGGGAGAGUAACAUAAAUAGAGACAGAAGAAGGAGCUGACUAAAACAUUAAUGAACGUGAUAUUGGGUGAAGAAAUAGUUGAAACAAAGUUGUUUUUCACACCAGCUACAACUAAUGAGGGUUGUUUCACUGCAUUUGUUGACACUACAUGAAUUAUCGAUCCAUGUGAAACACACUUCUUUAACAUUUUUGAAAAAUCAUACAACUCAGAGACGGAAAGAGCUAGGAGGCUGAAAUUUUCUGUGCUAAUAAAAGACAUCUAACUGUGCCAUAGGAAAACAUUUCAGCAAUUUACUAUGCUUUUUGACAGAGUUGUGAAUUUUUUACAAUAUAGGCAAGGCUCUGAGUCGAGAAAACCGAAAAAUUUUUAAGUUUUGAACGAAGAGCCAUACAUCCAGAUCCUUUUAAGGUUAUCACUAGGACACUAUAUAGUAUCUCUCGGCGACAGAUCGUUGAAAUCGGAGUUGAGCAGUUAGCGAUGGUCUCUUGUCAAUUUAUAAUGUUUGUCAUAAACAACAAAAUUGAAUAUUUUCUUAUUUAGUGCCUUCAUUUUCUUUUUCUAAUUGUCUAUUGGAGGGGAUACAAUUGUUAAAAGUAGCGAGAUGCCUAUUGCAAGAGAUCGAGUUGAGCAAUUACAAGUACAAAAACUUAUUUAUGCUGUCAGAGUCGAAGAUUAUGAACAAGUGAAAAAAUUAUGUGAAAAAGGUGUUGAAUAUUUAGUGAAUUAUAAUGAUCCCCAGUGUGGUUUAACAGCAUUGAUUGCUGCUGUCACAGAAAAUAAUGAAAAAAUGAUACAGUAUUUGAUACAAUUAGGCGCACAUCCCGACGUGAUUGAUUUCAAAGGCCGUACGGCUAUGAUGCAUGCUGUUGAAUACGGCCAUGUUAAUGCGUUACAAUUGCUCAAAGAUGCUAAAGCAGAUCCAAAAAUUCAAGAUUUAGAAGGAAAAGAUGCUCUUUAUUAUUGCUUUACUGAACCAACAAAUCGUCACAAAUUAUGUUUAAAACUUGUGUUAGAAAUGGGUGGUGAAGUGAAUAAUCGAUCACGUGAUGGUUUACCAAAUUUAGUUUAUGUGUGUUCAGAAUCAGUGGAAAAAGAAGAAUUUUGUUUAAAUUUGAUUCAGCAUGGAGCAGACGUUAAACUCGUCGAUGAGAAAACAAAACGAACAGCUCUUCAUAAUGCAUGUCUAUCUGGAAAUGCAAAUGUGGUUCGAGCUUUGCUUCGAAAUAAAGCCGACGUCAAUGCUUUAGACAAUAAACUUUCAUCACCAGCUCAUGAAGCAGCAAAAGGAGGUCAUCUUGAGGUGAUACAAGUAUUAUCAGGCUUUGGCGCCAAGUUCGACGUUUAUGAUACUUUAGGUAAUAAUCCAAUACAUUAUGCAGCAGGUUCAAAUGCUGGGAAUGCUGUGCGAUUCCUUGGCCAAAGAGGUUGUAAUCCAAAAGCAAAAAAUUUAGAAGGACUUAUACCAAAAAAAAUUGCUGAUCAAAAUAAGGCAAAAGAUGCAAAAAAGAAUAUGCGUAAAGCCGAAAAAUUUUACAAUGAUACAAAUGCAAAUUUACGUCCAGAAAUGAACGAGUAUCGUGAUUGGAAAUUAUUAUUAUAUGAUUAUGUCUAUGAACAUAAAGAGCGUAUUGAAAAAUUAUUUGACGAAAUAGAUGAAGCGAAAACGGGAUUAAUUACCAGUGAUCAUUUUAAAAAAUUUCUUGAAGAUGACGGUUUAUUAACAUUGUUCAAACCAGACGAUAUUAAAGAUAUUAUAGAAAAACAUGAAAAAGAAAGAAAUGAAUUUGAUUAUAAAACAUUUUUGACCGGAAAAAAAUAUAUAACAAAACCGUACUUAAUGUCAUCAUUUGAGGGCAAAAAGAAGAAGAAAAAAAAAGCUAAAAAAGGCAAAAAACAAAAAAGUGUAUUACCAAUUGCCAUUCAAGAUGAAGGCCCCAGAACAAAUGGUGGCAAUCCUCCGCUAAUAUAUCAACCACAACACAUUCAUUAUACAGAUAAUACCAGAUUUUCAAGAGAUAAUCCACCGAAACAUGCGCUUCAAGAUGAUUCACCAUGGUAUUUAGAUAAACCAGAUAUGGCAUAUGUAAAUCUUUGUGAUGCAGCUUACAGAGGUGAUUUGCAAACAUUACUGGACGCUUACAAACACGGUGUUCCAGUUGAUAUUACUGAUAAAUUCAUGAAAACACCGUUAAUGGUUGCUUGUUCACAUGGAGAUUUAAAAACUGUUCAAUUUUUAUUAACAUGCGGAGCCGAUAUUAAUCUUACCGAUAAUUUUAAGUGGACAGCUUUACAUCAUGCUGCUCAUUCUGGACAAAUUGAUGUUGUUAAAGCAAUUGUUGACGCUGGUGGGCAAAUAAAUGCAGAAUCGGUGACAAAAGCUACUCCCUUGAUGCGUGCAAUUGAAAGUUUGGAUCCAUUAACAGUGGCUGCUGAAUUUGCAGAUCCAAGAAUUUACCAUUUGCUCAAUGAAAGGGUGAAUAGUAUGCCAAAGCCAAAAAGUGCGACACAGAAGAAGAGUACUUCAGCUUCUAAAAAACGACCACAAACAACAGGAAAAGCAAAAUCAGAUGCUGUAUGUAUUAGUAGAGAUAAGUAUGUGCUAACAACAAGGGAUAUUUAUAUUUGGUAUUUUUUUCAGCAUUCUGCUGGCACGGUGCAGACGACACAACGAACACAACCACGACGUGGUUCUCUAUUACGCGCAGCUGCUGAACUAGCAAAAUCAUUUGAUAACACUGAAUCAAUUACAUUUCAUCCAAAAACAAAAUGGACUGAACAACCGUCUACUCAAGAUAUGAUUCGAGAAAAAGGCAUAUUACGUGAACGAUUUGGAUGGGAAGUGGAUUUUCACGAUUUUAAAAUGCCAUUUAUGGAUAAUGCGUCAAAACGUUUAGAAAAAAUGACACUACCUGAUAUCAAAAUCUAA